AUGAAUCUGCAAUCAAAGUUGGACGAAGCAGUUUCAGCGGUUCAAACUCUGGUAGAAGCCCAAAUAAAAUCAAGUGGAGAAUCUGCGGAAGCUGACCGUCUGACGACAUUUAAGCAGCAGGCGGCGGCUGUCGCCAGAGCCAAAAGUAAUGCUGCAGACAAAUUGCAGGAUUUGAGUGGUCAAUUGAGAUCACUCGAGGCGAUAUUGGCGGACAGACAGCGAGAGCUUCAAAAUUUGUUAGGAGAAAAUAUGCUGAGAGGCGAAGAUCUUAAAGAAUAUGUUAAUAAGUUGAAGGCUAAAAGCUCAAUCUUCAGGAAGAAGCACGCAGAAUUGUCAGUCGCAAAAGCCGAAUGUGGGGUGUUGACAAGAACCAUAGAAAUAUUAGAAUCACAGGAUCCUACAUUGAAAGAUGCCAUUUCAGAAUAUACUUCCUUGCCUAAAUCUACCGACGAUUCAGCAGGAAUUAUUAUAGAAGAUGAGGCCGAAUACACAGAAAGGGACAUCGCAAAACUAUCGAAGGAAUUGGGGGCGGCGAGAGCGAGGCUGAUGCCGCUGACGCAACAGCUCCGACCUCACAAACAAAACUUAAGCGAUAUCACCGAAGAGUACGAGUCCAAGAAAAAGCUGUACAAUUCUACUUCCGCAACUCUGAUGGCCGAGUCCAGCGAGCUAGAAAACCAAGUGAAAAUUUUGCGCGAACAACUGGAAGCCGAUGAAAAUAAUUGGCAAAUGUUACAAUUGAAAAUUGACAAGACAACUGAGCUUUUGGAGAGGGUUCGAGCGGAACUUCGCGGCGAAUAUUUGGAUGGAAGAGGUCGUUUAAUAGACACGUUACAGGAUGAUAUCGAACAAAAGGAAAAUGAGAGUCGGAUUCUUCGAAGGGAUCUUGAUCGAUUGGAGAAGAAGCUGGAAUAUGCGUUAGAGCAACGCUCUCAAUGGACUAGAUUAUCAAAUAUUCUAGAAAUAAAAACAAGGUGCCACGAAGACUUGGACUUGAACGGAUUUGAAGGGUCGCUGAAAAUAACACACAACGCCGAAACACUUACCCUUAAUAACUAA